UAACAAUAUUUUCUGCACCAAAUUAUUGUGGAGAAUUUGAUAAUGCUGGUGGUGUUAUGAGUGUCGAUGAAAAUUUAAUGUGUUCAUUUCAAAUACUUCGACCAUCAACUCAAAAGACUAUGCAAGAAACACAAACAAAAGGACCAAUGGCUAAUAUACCUUUUCCUAAAUCGACGUCAUCUAUAAAAACACCUAAUGUUAAAAAAUAA